AUGACGCUCUGUCUAAAUCGCCUUGCGGAGGAACGCAAGCAAUGGCGAAAGGACCAUCCGUUUGGAUUCUCUGCAAAGCCUAUUCGCAACCCCGCUACGAACACUAUUGAUAUGAAAAUUUGGGACUGCGGCGUACCAGGCAAGGCGGGCACAUUAUGGGAGGGUGGUCUUUUUAAAUUGAACGUUAUCUUCCCGGAUGAAUACCCAACCAAACCUCCAAAGUGCAAAUUCACACCACCUCUCUUUCAUCCCAACGUCUAUCCCUCUGGCACAGUCUGUCUCUCAAUCCUCAACGAAGAAGAAGGUUGGAAACCAGCCAUCACAAUCAAGCAGAUCCUCCUCGGCAUCCAAGAACUCCUCGAUACCCCAAAUCCCGAUUCUCCCGCCCAAGCCGACGCCUACAAUCUCUUCAAGAAGGACAAGACCGCCUACGAGCAUAAGAUCAAGCGCAUUGUAAAAGAUAAUCCUGCUCCCUAA